UGAGGGAUAUUCUUGUGUUACAGCAGCAUGGUCAGUAGCAAGAUACAACACGUACACAUUCCACAUAUAAAAUAUAAAAUACAGUAAGUUAAAUUAAAUGUAGUAGUGCAGAUAUGGAACACAGCUGUAGAUUUAACCAGAUUUACAUCAGUAUUUACAUCAGUAUUUACAUCAGUGCACUUGUGAAAACUGGCAGUGAAUAAUGAAUAUGAAGAACCUUGAGAAUGUAGAAUAUAAUGACAGCUUCCUAAAUGAUAGCUUAUAUAUAUAUAGAUAGAUUUCUUGUAUAUAUGUGUAUGUAUAUUGGCUGUGUCACUUCCUGUUUUCGAAUUGUUUUGCCGGGAGUUUCUUGCCUGUAUCGGCGUCUUAACUAUACUCUUUCUUUCUUUUCUAAACCAAUCAUUUUGCGCUAUCGUUUUCAUCUGUUGUAUUUUUCGCGUUCUCUUCUACCGUAUUUUCAUUUUUCUUUCUCUUGAAGAGCGCUUUUGUAUUUUGUCAAGGCCAUCCACACCGGAUCCAUGCCGUCUGCAAUAAUAUCAACAAAUCUUCGACUAAGGUGCGUUAAACAACAUGUCUAACAUUCAGCUUGUUCAGUGUGUUGAGUGCAGGAUGUUUAGUCACUCUUCCUCCGUCGUUAGCAAUAGCUUUAUUUGUGAUAAAUGCAUGUUAGUUAGCUCUCUGACGGAGAAGAUUGCAGCAUUAGAGGUGCGCAUCCAGACUCUAGAGAGGGUUAGUGAGAGUGAGAGCAGCGUAGUUUCUGUAGGGGAAAGUCUGGAUGCCUUAGGCGGAGUUAGUAAUCCCCCAACUCCAGCAUUAGAGCCCUCACAGCAGGGCGAAUGGGUGACGACUUGGUGGCAUAAUCGCAAAGCCAAAGCUAACACUAAGGCUCGCCCAUGGGAGCACCACUCCUCUCCGCUUCACGUGUCCAACAGGUUUGCUCUCCUCAGUGAAGCACCCGCUGAGAAACCUGAAAGAGCUCUGGUUAUAGGUGACUCUAUCUUGCGGCACGUGAAAUUAGCUAGGCCUUUAGGGGCACCAGCAGCUUUAGUUAGGUGUAUACCGGGAGCCAGGGCGCCGGACAUAGCAGGUAAUCUUAGGGUCUUAGGCAAGCACAGGUUCCCAAAGAUAGUUAUUCAUGUAGGAGCUAAUGAUAUACGCCUUCAUCAGUCUGAGGUUACUAAGAGUAACGUGGUAGAGGUGUGUGCGAAGGUGAUGUCCGAUGCUGUAGUAUGCUCUGGCCCCAUCCCAAUGCGGCGUGGCAAUGUAGCUUACAGCAGGUUACGGUCGCUGAACUGCUGGAUGUCCAGGUGGUGCUCCGAAAACAAUGUGGGCUUUAUAGAUAAUUGGACUAACUCUGAGGGCAAGGCUGGCCUGUUAGGGCGGGACGGUGUCCAUCCCACUCGGGAAGGUGCUGCUCUCAUUUCUUGCAGCAUAGCACAUAGUCUCAGAGCAGGCCUAGUUAAUCGGUGACAAUCCAGGGCCAAGGCCAGGGAGCAGACAAGCAGGCUAAACCGACCGUCUGCUAGCUGCACUGAGUCGUCACUUAGGUUCCACCGUAUUGAGACUGUGUCUGUUCCCCGAGCUAAACAAAAUUAUAGACAUACUCAAAGUUUGUUUUAGUAACCUAAUUAACAUAAAAUUAAAUCAAACCGAAUGCAUAGCCAGCACCGUUGAUCUGAAGCUAGGACUGUUGAAUAUUAGAUCUCUUACAUCUAAAGCGCUUAUUGUUAAUGAAACCAUUACUGAUCAGCAGUUUGAUGUACUGUGUUUAACAGAAACGUGGAUUAAACCGAACGACUUUGUAGCAUUAAAUGAAGCUAGUCCUCCCGGGUAAGUUACAUACAUCAGCCCCGUCUAACUGGCAGAGGAGGAGGCGUCGCAGUCAUUUAUAAUGAUAAUCUAGCCGUCACACAAAAACCUAGUCAUAAAUUCAACGCAUAAGUCUACCCAGGUUAUUCCGGUAAUUAUUAUUUACAGACCCCCAGGGCCAUAUUCAGAAUUCCUAUGUGAAUUUGCGGAUUUCAUCUCUAACCUGGUUGUUUCUUUAGACAAGCAUUAAUUGUUGGAGACUUUAAUAUUCAUUUUGAUAAUCAGAUGACCCUCUGAGAACAGCAGUUGUGUCCAUUCUAGAUUCUGUAGGGGUUAAUCAGAAUGUAAUAGGACCCACCCAUAGUGGCGGUCACACUCUUGAUUUAAUACUAACAUUCGGAUUAAAUAUAGAAAAUAUAGUCACAGUUCCACAGUCUGAAGCUCUCAGAUCAUUACCUCAUCUCAUUUAAAAUGUGUAUUAAUCAUAGUAUAUGCACCUUACCACUUCACUGUGUCAAACGUACGUUCACGUCAACAACUGCACAGAGUUUUAUCAGUAAUCUCCCAGAUUUAUCAACCAUGAUUGGAUCACUGUCUCAUCCCGAAGAACUUGACCAGGCAACCGAAUGCUUAGAAUGAACGUUCUGCAACUCGCUAGAUAAGGGAGCUCCACUUAAAAGAAAAAUAAUUAGGGAGAAAAAGCUAGCACCCUGGUAUAAUGAUCACACACGAACUUUAAAACAGACCACUCGAAAACUAGAACGUAAAUGACGUCAAACUAAAGCAGUAGUAUUUCAAAUAGCAUGGAAGGAGAGCCUUUUGAGCUAUAGGAAAGCUCUUAGUGCUGCUAGAUCAGUGUAUCUCUCCACCCUAAUUGAAGAUAACAGAAAUAAUCCUAGAUUCUUAUUUAAUACUGUAGCAAAAUUAACUAGGAAUAAGACCACAAUAGAAACACGCACACAAUCAUUAUAUAGCAGCGAUGACUUCAUGAAUUUUUUCAAUGGUAAAAUUGAAAAUAUCAGGCAAGAAAUUCAGACUAUUAAUUUAAAACCGGACAGUUUUAUAACUAACCCUGUAGAUGAUAAUAUGAUAAUAUUAGAUAAACAACUACAACGCUUUACUCCCCUUGAAGAGACUGAACUAAUUUCACUAAUUUCAUCAUCAAAAUCAUCAACCUGUAUGCUAGAUCCUUUACCUACUUGUUUCCUCAAACAGAUAAUUCCUGAAACAAUCAAACCUCUUUUAAAGAUAAUCAAUUCUUCCCUUAGCAUUGGCUAUGUACCUAAAUCUUUUAAAUUAGCAGUUAUCAAGCCCUUGAUUAAAAAACCUGACCUUGACCCCUGUCAGCUGUCUAACUAUAGACCAAUAUCAAACCUCCCCUUUAUCUCCAAGAUCCUAGAAAAGGUUGUAGCACAGCAGCUAUGCUCAUACUUACAUAGGAAUAACAUUCAUGAAAUGUAUCAGUCAGGAUUUAGGCCUCAUCAUAGCACAGAGACAGCGCUGGUUAAAGUGGUAAAUGACCUACUACUGGCCUCUGAUCAGGGUUGUGUCUCCUUGCUGGUGCUGCUUGACCUUAGUGCAGCUUUUGAUACCAUUGAUCAUGCUGUUCUCCUCGAUAGACUGGAAAAUGUAACAAAAGGGGGUUCACAGUAUAAAUGUGCAGGUCAGUUACUAUUACAAUUCUUAAUAUUUUAGAUUGGUAAUAUAUACAAGAAUGUAUUCCAUUAUUAUGCAGUUGAUUGACUAAAAUGUCUUAGAUGGUGUGUGAGUCUAUGUGCCAUAUCACAAAUGUGGAAGUCAAAUGGCUUCAGCCAUUGACCCAUCCUGAUGCCCUACUUCUGGUUGGAGUUCUCAUCAAUUGAGUUCGCUCGCUGCUGCUGGGGCCCCAUAUGGACGGCCUGAAGAACCAUUUGGUUUGCUGGGGAUGGUGCCACCUGGGGGCUGUGGAGAUGGCUUGGGGAUCUCAUAUGGGGAGCUGUACUGUAAUGGCUUGGGACUGUGAUUGCUGUAGUGGCUUUGGGGCUGCAGUUGCCACGAGCAGCUUCGUACUCAGGACUCCAUCAGUGGACAGUGGAUAGAUUUUAACCAACCGGACUUCUUGCGAAAACUGUGAUGAAUUUCCUGGUUACACAAUUGCACUAUUUGUCCAUAUAGUACACAGUAAUAGAUGGGAAUGAUUUAUAAUUGCACUAUCUGUUGCACCCAGAUGAGGAUGGGUUCCCUUUUGAGUCUGGUUCCUCUCAAGGUUUCUUCCUCAUAUCAUCUCAGGGAGUUUUUCCUUGCCACCGUCGCCUCUGGCUUGCUCAUUAGGGAUAAAUUCACAGGGACAAAUUCAUAUAUUUGCAAUAUAUCUUUUUUUGUGAAUCCAUUUAUUUCUGUAAAGCUGCUUUGUGACAAUGUCCAUUGUUAAAAGCACUAUACAAACAAAAUUGAAUUGAAUUGAAUAUAUAUAUGUAUGGAAAAGGAAAUGUACUUCAUUUGUUCUAAAAAUGGAUUUCGAUUGUUUCAUAUAUGUACUGCAAAUUGUCACUUCUUCAUACAUUUUCUUUUAACCUUUAAUUGUUGAGUAAAACAAAAUUCAUUACACAAA